GCCAGUGUCCAGGAUUCGCCGCACCUCAUUCUGCAGCUGUGUUACUCAUUGCAGCUCUUCCGUUGCUUUUCUCCUCGUUUUGCUCGAUAUUUCGUGGCCAGUCGGUUGUUUCAACCGUCAUCCCGCCCGUGUUGUGCCUGAAUAUUGAUCCAUCAUCUGCCCAGUUCGAACGUUGAGCUGGAUAGAUCACGGUGACAGAUCAAUUUGACCUGCGAACGUUGCCGUCGCCGACAUCCGCCACCCGUGGCCAUGGCAUCGAACAAGAGCCCAAUGGGCCAGUCCGCCCCAGAUCUUGAAAUCGUCGGCGAUAAGCUCACCAUCCACCCCAGCGCGGUCACCGGUGGCCACGAAGAAAAGGAGCCGCAAGAUGGCCAGAUAACCGAGCGGAACCUGGUCCACCACAUGGCGCGCUUUCGCGAGAACCCCUUCCACUUCCUGCGGGAAGUCAGUCUACACAUGUCCGGCACGGGGUGGCGGGCCUACGACGAUGUGAUCGGCCAGCCCAUCUUCUACUCCGGUUUUUCGGAACGCAUGAAGUCGCUCAUCUUGGACAGUCCGUUGCUGCAGAAUAAGGUCAAGGAACUGGCGGAGGUGCGAUUGGGCGUGGAAGACAAGGAGGGACUGCUAUCCGUCCAGCCGGGGCCGCUUGAGAAGAAGCGCGCGCAUCGCCGGAGCGAGAUUGAACGGAAUCUGAAUGAGGUGGUGGAUUCGAUGCUGGACAAUAUGAUCUGCAAAAUGGAGAGCAAGCGUUUUAUCCGUGGCGCGUACUAUCUCUGUACGCAGCUGCUGACCCGUGCUUAUGACCAGGGGAUCCAUGUGUCGAGUGAGGAGGUGCUCCGUCUGCGGUCGGUGGCCGAAGAGGCUGCUAAGAAGAAGCGCUCGAUUGUCUUUUUACCCUGUCACAAAUCCCACGUGGACUACGUCUCGCUCCAGCUGAUCUGCUACCGUCUGGGGAUCGGUCUUCCGGUGGUUGUGGCGGGCGAUAAUCUGAACCUUCCUAUGCUGGGCUCGUUUUUACAGCAUGCAGGUGCCAUGUGGAUUCGACGAAGCUUUGGGAAUGACCCGCUCUACAAUACCGUCGUGCAGUCGUAUAUCGAUACCAUGUUGCAGCAGGGGUUCAACUUUGAGUGUUUCAUCGAAGGCGGACGGUCGAGGACCGGAAAACUCCUGUCGCCGAAAUUCGGUAUUUUGAGUUUCAUCUUGGAUAGUGUACUCUCCGGUCGCGUUGAGGAUACGAUCAUCUGCCCGGUCAGCACGCAAUACGACAAGGUUAUCGAGACAGAAUCAUAUAUCAGCGAGCUACUUGGUCAACCCAAACGGAAAGAAAACCUGUCGGACUUCCUCUCGUCCUCUUCGGUCCUAUCUCUGAAACUCGGUCGGGUGGAUGUCCGUUUCCACGAGCCCUGGAGCCUUCGCGAGUUCAUUGGUCAACAACUCACGCGGCUCCCUGAUCAUAUCAGUGGACAGCCCCUGAGCUAUACAGACCGGGGUCGCGUUCUACGGACCUUGGGUUAUCGCGUUCUCUCCGACAUCAAUGAUGCUUCCGUGAUGAUGCCUACUGCACUGGUGGGAACGGUGCUACUGACUCUCCGUGGGCGCGGUGUCGGCAAGGGGGAACUAGUGCGUCGCGUCGAAUGGCUCUGUGAACGUGUCCGCGCCAAGGGGGGUCGGGUCGCCCACUUCUACCGCUACCCCACCGAGGUGGUCAUCGACCGGGCGCUCGAGGUGAUGGGACCGCAGCUUGUUGGGGAGAUCAGUGGUCUCGCGGAGCAGACCUACUACGCAGUGGACCGUUUCCAGCUUUCGUUCUACCGAAAUAUGACCAUCCAUCUCUUCAUCACCGAGGCGUUGGUGUCCUCGGCCAUGUAUACCAGGGUCAAGCAAGGCGGCGGGCCUUCUAACCAAAGGAUCUCUUUUGCAGACCUUCUCAGCCAGGUCUCCUUCCUCUCCCAGCUUUUCCGCGGCGAGUUCAUCUUCCCGCCCGAGGGUUUAGCCACCAAUCUGGAGAAAACUCUCCAAGGAUUAGAGAAGGACGAUGUGAUCACGAUCACUAGGGAUAGCGCAGGGGCCCCUCAGUUCGUGGAACUCAGCGAGGCCGAGCGUCGUUGCGGCCGCGAGAACUACGACUUCUACUGCUUCUUGACCUGGCCGUUCAUUGAAGCUUCGUGGCUGGGGGCCGUGUCUCUCCUGGGGCUGACGCCACCCCGCAACGCUCCCCAAGAUGUCUGGCUCGACUACAAGAAGGCCCAGGACAACGCACAGCUUCUGGGCAAAACCCUCUACCACCAAGGCGACCUUUCAUACUUCGAAGCCGUGAACAAAGAGGCCCUCAAGAACUCGUACCAGCGCUUCGUCGAAGAAGGCAUCAUCCUCGUGGCCAAGGGCAAGGAGAAAGGCUCAGUGGCUAUGAUGCGCCUGGCACCGGAGUGGAUGCCGCAGAGAGAUCCGACGACAGACCGUCUGGUAGCCCGCGGGCGCCUGUGGGACUUCAUCGAGCUAAUCGCACAGUCCCGACGAGAAGGUAAAAAUCGACGAGACGGCGCGACGGUCUCCUCCCGGGUGCUUAUCAUGUCGGACCUUACCGGCCGGAAGAUGUUUGCGAACACAAAGCGGCCCGAGCAGGCUGGAGACGUAGAUGUAUCGACGCGAUCGAUGCGGCGGAAUGAGAUCGAACCCAGUGCGAAGUUAUGAGGCUGUCCUUUGACGUGCCUCAUUUGCCGCGAUCGCUUUUUUCCCCUUUCAAUACCCGUUGUCUAUUAUUACUUGGCGUAUAUAUCUGUACAUAUCUUUUCGUGCUGAUAUUGUGUGAAAGCACGGGAUGCAGUGCCCAAUCCUGCAUAGUAUCGGUCAAUUGUAC